GCGCCGCCGGAGAGCGCGCGGGCGGCGGCGGAGGCGCCGUCAUGGAGUUAGUGCGGGAAGCGCGGGAACUGGUUUGCUGGGCUACGGAAGAGAUGGAGGCGCCCGAGGCUGCCCGGGCCCCGGAGUCGACGCUGCGCAGGCUGUGUCUGGGCCAGGGGGCCGACAUCUGGGCCUACGUCUUACAGCAUGUGCGCAGCCAGAGGAAUGUCACGAAGAUCCGGGGAAACCUACUCUGGUAACUUGUCCUCAAAGCUAUCCGUAUUUUCCCCAGUCCCAAACAGCCCUGUCCCCACCCACAGCCUUACACCUCCUGGAAGUCCCUGUCAUUCCCUAACUUCGUCCUCAUUUCCUCAGGUAUGGCCACAAAUACAGUUCAGAGGCCUGCCGGAAGUCGGAGCUGGAAGCUGCCAUUGCCCACCUUUGGGCAGAGAUCCAGGAGUUAGACCAGAGCUUGGAGCUGAUGGAUCAAGAGACCGAGGCUCAGGACAUGGCCAUGGAGCAGGUAUUGCAGAGCAUGCAAGACACCCAGCGGCAUGCUCUCCUCCUUCGGGCCCAAGCUGGGGCCAUGAGAAGGCAGCAACGUGGACUCCAACAUCCCAUGCAGUGGCUACAGAAUCAGCUCGGGCGCCUGCAGGACAUAGAAAGCGACCCAGCCCCAAUUGCAUUCUUUCUAGGAAGGCUAAAAUGGAUAUAACCUUUGGCCCCUUGACAUCGCCAGCCCUAGGCCUGGAGCCUGUGGUUCUGGGUGAUGUCCGAAGAGCCUGCACCCUCCGAACCCAGUUUCUACAGAACCUUCUGAUUCCUCAGGCCAAAGGAGGCAGCAUCCCAAGCCCUCAAGAUGACCACUUUGGAACUUCCUACCAGCAAUGGCUUAGCUCAGUGGAGACACUGCUGACAAACCACCCUCCCAGCCACGUCUUGGCUGCCUUGGAACACCUGGCUACAGAACGGGAAGCAGAGAUUCGGUCCCUGUGCAGUCAGGACAGACUCCAAGAUACGAAGAUGGCCAGGUGCCAGGUACCAGAUCAGUCAGACUCCAGCCAGGCCCUGCCGUCCGUGAUGCAUCUCAUCCAGGAAGGCUGGCAAACUGUGAGUGUGCUGGUCACCCAGCGGGGCCCCCUCCUGAAGGAGCAUCACAUCCUGACCCAGCGCCUCCAGAGCCUGUUGGAGGAGGUGGAGAGGUGUGCCCUGGGAGCCAAUGAGAGGCAGGCAUUAGUGCUGGGACUCCAGGGUUAUGGCCUGUGGGCAGAGCUCAAGGCCCUGUGCGCCCAUAGCCAGGAGCUGGAGGAGGCAGUUGGAAGGCAGCAGCUUCUGCUGCAGGAGCUACAGGCCAAACAGCAACGGAUCCUGCACUGGCGCCAGCUGGUGGGGGAGACACAAGAACAGGUCCGAUUACUCAUCAAGAGCAACUCAGCCAGCAAGACGCACCUGUGUCGGAGCCCUGGGGAGGUGCUUGCUCUGAUCCAGAGAAAGGUGGUCCCCACAUCUGAGGCAGUGGCACCACAGAGCCAGGAACUGCUUCGCUGUCUGGAGGAGGCGGCCCAACAUCUGCCCCACCUUCUGCUGGGCACCCUGCUGCGGCACAGCCCUGGAGGAUUGCAGCCCCUGCCUACAGUCCUGCCAUCCAUCCACCAGCUACAUCCUGCGUCCUCAAGGGGCUCCAGCCUUAUAGUGCUUAGCCACAUUCUGGGGCUACCCACAGGGAAGGCUCCAGAGCUGCUCCUCCCAAAGGCUGCCUCGCUUCGCCAGGACCUUCUGUUCUUCCAGGACCAAUGUAAUCUCCGGUGCUGGGAUCUGCUCCAUAUGAAGAACAGCCUACCGCCAGGACCAUCCACCCAGGAGUUGCUGCAGAUCCAUGCAUCCCAGGAAAAGGAGCAGAAAGAGAAUCUGGGGCAGGCUCUGAAGCAGCUGGAGAACCUGCUGGAACAAGCCCUGGAGCGAAUCCCCAAGCUGCAGGGGAUUGUGGGGGACUGGUGGGAUCAGCCAGGCCAAGUCACCCUCUCGGGGGAGCUCUGCCAAGGCCUGUCCCUGCCCCAGUGGCGGUUACGCUGGGCCCAGGCCCAAGGCAUCCUGCAGCAGCUGUGCAGAUGAAGAGGACACAAACAGGAGUCAAGAGCCUCGUGUUUGUUCACCCCAACAUCUCACCUUCCUCAGUAUUAAAGAAAGCAUCACCUGGG